GGCAACUGUACAGCUCGUAACUCUAAUUUUACCGUUCAUCGUCGCGCACACCCGCCGUACCGUUCAGCCCAGCCGACGCGCCGCAACUCAAGAUGGAAAACGACCAGGGUGUUCUCGUCGAUCUCUACGUCCCCCGCAAGUGCGCGGCGACCAACCGACUUAUUACUGCCAAGGACCAUGCGUCCGUGCAGCUCACGAUCUGCGACGUCGACCAGGACGGCCGGGCUCUCCAGACUGGCACGACCUUCGCCUUGUGCGGCCAGGUCCGCGCAAUGGGCGAGAGCGACGACUCGCUGAAUCGAUUGGCGACGAAGGCGGGCCUCCUCCGGAAUGCCUGGUCAUACCAAAAGUAGACUCCAUAUGCGUCGCACUUACAUCGCUGUAUCAUUGUUCUGUUCUUCGGUCACGAAUCUCAUUCCGCUACACGGUGUACACCAUCACCAUCUCGGAGUGCUUGUUCGCAAUGGCCGCUCAAGCCAUCAAAUCCGAGAAUGUGUUGUCGCCGGCGAACAUGUCACAGCAAUGAAGUUGCCUGUACAGACCGGCAAGCGACGACGAGUCGACUACAAGAUGUGCUGCAUGUUAGUCCCUACAUCCCAGUCCUGACUGUCCCCAGGGUCCAGUGCGCUUGGAUCUCUGUACCUCCUGUUAGCACCGCGGUUGCGGAUGCGGGGUAGUCCUUCAUUCACUAAGUUACAAGGAAGCAGGCUCGUUUCUUUAGACUGUUCGUCGAGUACUUUGCGCGCUCUGCUUGUUCGUAAGUACG